CGAAUGCCAUCAGAUUCCGUCCCUUUGCCAGUGAGACCGUACUUGAUGACUUCUCAGUGCUUCAACCCAUAUCUUCUAAAGACAUUUCCUGCUGCGCAUCCAUCAAAGAUCUCGGCCUGUGAUCAGAUUCAUGCCCAGCCCAUCUGCGCUGGCAGAGCCUCGUCAAUCUGGCGACCUUGCUGACCACCAACGCUAAGACCAGCAGUACAACACAGGGAUGGGAGUUCCACUAAACUUUCGUCCCCUGUGGCCUCCACUUGACCAAUGCACCUCGCUGAACUGCACUUGCUCCAAGAAAUCGACUUUCCAAACGCGUCCCACGGAUCAAGACCCAAGAAUCUUUCUUCUUCACUAGCAUUCUCCAGCCCAAUAUUUCCCAUUCGAUGGCGAUUGCGCCACGGGCGACAGUCUCUGAUUGAUUGCUCGUCGCUGAGCACUGACUACACCGGCUCGACAGACGCAUGCGACGAACUGAUUGCGACACCCGCUACAAACGUCAGGCGCAACGGCGAGAUGGCUUCCGCACUGCCAGCCGCCAUGGCUACUGCCUCAUCCAUCGACUCGGCCGCGGCAACGUCGACCGACUCCCCUCCUGCCUCCAAGAAGUUUAAGGCAUCUGACCUCCCUCUACCAUCCGCGACCAGAGCCGCCAUCGAAUCCCUGGCGCACAGCUUCAAGAAGAAGGGCGGAUACGACGCCAUUCGCAAGGAGGUCUGGGACAAGUUUGCAGCGAGCGAUUACGAGGCCCAAGUCACGAAAGCCAUCCUCGAGGUAGCCGAACAAGAAGUCGAACGCAACCCCGGCCAGCUCCUUACCCUCGACCGAGGUAAAGCCGCCGCCCUUAUUGACGGUGCUCUCGAGCGCUCUGGCGUGUAUCAAAAGGCAGAGCAGGUCAUCACGCAACUCAUCGACAGGGCGUCAAUCGAGGAACGCAUGCGACAGCUGCGCCGCGUUGACAUUGGCGAAGACGAGGCUGCGGCAGAGCAAGAGCGGGGAGCCAAGACGGACGAAGACUACCACGCAGAGACGUUGGCGAAACAAGCCGAGCGUGAAAGGGUGCGCGAAGAACUGAGACAAAAGGAGGCCGCUAUCGAAGAAGAGAAACGCAAGAUUGCACGGGAAGAGCGCAAAAAGGUCGAAAAGGAACGCGAAAAGGCCGAGGAGAAGCGUAAGGCCGAAAGAGACGCCAGGCGGGCUGCCAGAGAGAAGCUCCAAGCAGAGCGUGAGGCCGAAAGAGAGGAGCGCCGCCGCCAACGAGACAAAGAGCGGAGCCGAGACAGAGACCGCGACCGCGACCGUGACCGAAGCCGAAGCCGCAGCCGCAGCCGCAGCCGCCGCAGGGAUAGAGAUCGCGAUAGAGACCGUGAUCGGGACCGCGACGACCGCGACCGUGAACGCCGGGAAGAGCGAGAUCGCAAGCGUAAGGAGCGGCACGAAGAGACUGAGGAGGCCAAGCAGAAGCUUUCCCAGGAGCAGCUCGAACGACUCGAACAGGAAGCCCUUGCGGAUCUACUCCGAGAGAGCAAGCGAAGCACGGCAAAGCAACCCGAGUUGGAGAUUGACGAAGCGCUGGCACCACCUCCUAGGAAACUGGCUCCCGCGUCUGCAAUUAUGCCCUUCAAGAAGGUUGCCUCCUCGCGAGACUCGCAAAAGGCCUCAGAGUCGAAGAAGGCUGUAGAGGUGAAGAAGGAAGCUCGGGAUGCCAGCGUCGCUGCGACACCAAAGGCCGAUGCACCGGUUGUCAAGGCUAGAAGCCGCAGCCGGUCACAGGCGACUGGCAAAGACCGUGAGAAGGACAAGGACGGCGAUGACGAUAGACGACGGACCAGAGAUGACGACGACCGCCGCAGACGUGAUCGUCGGUCUAGAUCUCCCAGACCGCGUGAUCGAUCUCACGAUAGACGUGACAGGUCGCGGUCAAGACCCCGACGCGAUCGCAGCAGGUCUCGUCGGCCCGAAAGGCGGGAGAGAACUCCCUCACGCACUCGAUCCAAGACUCAUCGUGACCGCAGCAGAUCCCGCACCCGCCACGACCGCCGCGACAGGAGUCGAUCUAGAUCUCGCGACCGGAGAGACCGCGUUCGCACCGACAGGCGAGACCGGAGUCGCUCACGCCGCCGCGAGAGGAGCCGGUCCCGGGCACGCACCGAUCGCAGAGACCGCAGCCGUUCUCGUGUAAGGGCCGACCGCCGAGACAAGUCACGCUCCCGCUCCCGGACCCGCACGGAAAGGAGAGACCGAAGCAGAUCUCCACGGCCUGACCGGCGCGAAUCGAUCCGUCGUGAACGCAGCCGCUCUCGCCCUCGCCGGGACCGCUCUUCCGACCGGAAGCCCUCUGAGCGCGAUCGCAAGAGUCGGUCUCGCUCGAGGCAGCCUUCUCCGGCCGUGCGAUCUACUCCCAGGCUGGAACGAGACAAGGACGAAAAGGAGGCUACUAAGAUGGUCGAGGUCCGCAAGCGCGAAAAGGAAGCCAAAGCGUACCUUGCCGCACAGCGUGAGGCUCGGGAGAAGGGCAUGCCGGUCCCUGGGAUCGACGAUAAGAGAAGCACGGGGGAUCGCUCGCCGGAAGCAAAACGCAGGCGCGACCUGGAUGAGAUUGAUCGGUAUGUGCCCCCCGGCAGAGACCGAGAGCGGCCUCACGACCUGGCCCGGGAUGACGAGCGUCGUCGGAGUCGCUCGCGCAGCAAAGAUCGCGAGCGGGAUAAGGACAGAGAUCGCGUCAGGGACAGGGAUCGCGAUCGUGAUAGAGAACGCGAUCGAGACAGGAGAGACAGAGACCGCUCUAGAGAUCGCUCUAGAGAUCGACGGGACCGAGACAGGGCUAGGUCAAGAGAUAGAGAUCGGGAUAGGGACCGCGAUCGUGAUCGUGAUCGUGACCGCCGCAGCCGGAGAGACCGCAGCGUCUCGUCGCGGCGGGAUAGACGCGACCGAGACCGGAGCCGGAGCCGCCGAAGGAGUAGGAGUCGCUAGUUGCCUCUGCGCCCGGCAGGUUAGGUUAUUUGUUUGGCCAAGGAGGGUUAAUGGGAGUGCCGGCCUCGGGUGCGAGUACGGGUACCGGAUGACGUUGGGUCGUCUUGGGCGUGAAUAGGGUUUAUGGAACAUCAUCACAUGGCUCACUAUGGCAUAGGGCUGGGACUGUGGCAUCGGUAGUAUCAGUAGCAUCAAUCGCACAACGAUAGCCCGGAGGAUAUGCGUAUCCAAGUGAAGUUCAAUUCUGCUGUGGAGGCUUGCUCCUAGCCGUGGGUAGAAAUCAGGCUGGACAUGUGGCAAGUCUGCCGUCUCUGAUA